AUGGUUCUAACAUCUGUCAUAGAGGUAACAAAGUGUCAAAUAAAAUUAGUCAGUUAUUUCAUCCAUUGUCCAAUUUCUGUAAACACGCGUGCCAAUCAGAAUUCAGUUUUUUCCUGGAGUCCCAAAGUUCGCAAGGAAAUGCAACAUCUUCUCAAAUUGACGAGUCUCGUGGCCUACGCAGUUUUCAUAUUUCUCUCAGGUUUGAUAAACCUCGAUAAGAUUUCGUACACCAAGGACGCCUUCGUCGCCAUGAUAUCGAUCGGUGUUCCGUCUUGCUCGCUCUUACUGAUCUUCUCUCAUCGAAGUGGGAACGACAUUGUUGUCCUGCUUAAUAUGUUAUUUCUGUAUGAAAAGAGGAAUUCAAUUUGUUUAGAAGUUCGAAAUUUGAAAGACCUUUUUUACUACGGUUUCUGGGUGUUUGGAAUGUUUGGAUCUACGAUUGGUGGACCGCUGUUUGUAACCUUACUAAAUUUGGUCAACCUAAAUACACCCCCUUUCUUGGGGUGGGUAAUUCCUGAUGUGAAAGAUUCGCCCUACCUAAAACUAAUCAUAUUUACCCACGGCAUUGCUCUCCUCUUCCAAGCUUGGGCGUAUUGCACACUUGCAGGCGCUGUGAUAUUUAUCACGGGGAAUGUAUUCCUCACAACUGUAUUCAGUCUCAGUUUAGGACUCGAUAAUAUAAUUGGCGGCCGCAAGAUCAGCAAAUCUUGGCAGUUCAUCAAAAUCGGGACAAAUUACAGGAAAAUGUUGACCCAGAUGAAACAUGUAAAAAUUUUAGAGUCCCAAUUCAACACUUGUUUCCGGAAAGCAUUUCUUCCCGUAUUGUUUUUCGUUGUAUGUUUCUUAAACAUACUUAGCACUUUCCUCUGCGUUUCUUUGGGGUCAAGUUUAUUCAUGGAAUUGGGAAAGUUUAUUGUUUUCGUUGUUUUGAUUGAUAGCUUGAUGAUUAUCUUGAUUUUUGGGCACUUGUCGGGACUAGUGAAUCAAAAGUCGAAAAAGGGACUGAGCUAUUUGAACAGGCAGCCUCACAUUGUGGUGGAACGUGAUGGGAAAAUCUUUACGCGAGAGGUCGCCUCUUGCGCACCCCUGAAGAUCAGAUUCGGCAGCAAUUACGUCGACAGGAAGACGCCUUUAGUUAUGAUGAGCUUCUGCAUGAAAACGACGGCCAGAUUACUUCUGUAUGAUUAG